ACAAACAAACGUCAAACUGAUGUCACUGGGUGCAUAUUUUCAUUCAAAAAUGUAAACACAUCGACUAAUUCGUGCAGUUUUUUGACAUAAUUAAAAUUCGAGCCUCCAAAGUUACUUCCUGAAAAAUGACUUGACUGCAUUAAAUUAUGGAUGCAGCCGGUGUCACGGAGAACAAGGACAUCCAGCAAAACAGUUACGUGACUGUCAUUCCAGUUGAGUACCCGAGGAAUCGUGGUUACAAUACUCAGAAUCCAGAGUAUAUGGUGGAACAGUACAGAUCUCAUGAUGACUACAUUCAAACUGAAGAUUUGUCUUCAAGUCAGGGGGCUUUGUAUUCAGUGUCGCAAAGAGUUCCCACUGUGAGUGCUAGUUACUCAAGUUUGUGUGCUACAGAUACUGGGUAUGCCACUGAACAACCUACUUUUCCUGGGGUGCAGUCGGACUGGGAGAGAGAGCGUACUGUUUCAACAACGGAUACUACAAAAGAUGCCAGUUCUGAUGUACUCAGUGAUAAGCAGACAAAUGAUUCCAACACAACCGCCUCUGUGCCAAGCUCAAUAGCAAGCGCAUCCGCCAUGCCACCAGCUUGCGAACAAUUGCAAGGCCCAGUCAUACCAACUUGUGUUUAUCUUCAUAGCAACACCGCCAUAAUGAUGGAAAUCGAAGAUACCCCUUCAGCUACCUCUGAUAUCAUUUGCCAAGCGAUCAUUAAUAGCGACGAACUCGGCUUAAACAAACAACUAUCAUCUCAAGUUUUUACUUUAUGGAUGACCAGUCCACUCUUAGAACUACAACUUAAACCAACACACAAACCCUACGAUAUUCGUCAAAACUGGCGAAAUUUAAUAGCUCAUUACAGUCACGCUUCGUACAGCAGACAACAAAGAGACGAACCUAGGAUUAUGUUCCAAAGAAACAUCUUCUUUCCUCAACACCUAGAGGAAAAAAUCAAGUUUUCUAGGGACCAGAAGAUACUGGAACUGCUGUACGAAGAAGCAAGGCACAAUAUUCUAGAAGGUCGAUAUCCUUGUGAAGUCGCCCAUUAUAUAAUGUUGGGGGGAAUCCAAGCAAGGGUGGAACUCGGACCCUACAACCCUCAAGUGCAUUCCACCCACUACUUUAGGGAAGAACAGUCGAAGUAUUUGCCUGUUCACGUCAGAAAGAGCUCCACGUGGACGUGGUUACCCAUCAGUUCGAAAAACUCUGCAGAAGUUAGGCUUUUGGAGCAGUUUAAACGCAUACCGAACUCCGCCACAAACAGGAAGUUAAUGAAAAAGUAUUUGGAGUUUUGUUGGUCGUUACCUUUUUAUGGAUCUGCGUAUUUUGAGGGGCAGAUUGAGCAACCGGUGCGCGGUUUGACGUCUUUGAUCACCUACCAAGACCUUCCGGUUCUGGUAGCGAUUAACGCUAAGGGGGUUUACAUUAUAGAUGACACCCAAUGCUCUCUUCUUCUGGGUCUACGCUUCGAGGAACUCAGCUGGGAAUACGCCAGACCUUCCAAAGAAGAAGACUCCAACUGUUUACCAUGUCUUUUCAUACAGUUCAUGGUAGUGGAAAAUGGGGCACGAGUUUCAAAAAUAUUACAAGUUUUUUCGAAACAAGCAAGUUUGAUGGACACGCUGAUAACAGGAUUUGUGCACCAAAUUAAGGCUAAAACGAAUGAUGAAACCGAUAAAGCGUAUGAACAACAAAUGAAUACCGAUAAUGAAACUCACUCAUCGUUAAAUGUUGGAAUUAAUCAUCAUGCACCCACUUUACCAUCGCUUACCAAUAAAUUAAGUAAACUAACAUUAGCUACGUUCGAUGAAGAUGGACAUUGCAUUGGACAGAUGGGUUCUUGGUCGUUUAGUUACUAAAUGGGUUACUACUUAGAAUUUUUAUUUGUUUCAGUUCACACUGUGACAUGAUCUCAUUUAUACAUAGCUUUAAUUUUUUUAAAUAUAUUGUUUUCAUUCUU